AUGGCGGCGACAAUGGCGGUGACGACGAUGGUGACCAAGAACAAGGAGAACUGGUCCUUACCGCUACCGGAGCUCGCGUUCCCCUGGAACUCGCGAGGCGGCAAGAACGACCUGGAGUUCCCUCGCCGGGCGCUGUUCGCCAGCGUCGGACUCAACGUGUGCCCGGGCGCCGCGGCGGCGCGCGACCCGCGGGAGCACGAUGUGAAGGCUCGGCCCGCCGACAAUUGCGACGUCGCGCGUCAGCUUGGCGCCGCCGUGCCAGGGCAACAGGCAGGGGAGGCAGAGGAGGAGGCGGCGGCGGCGGCGGCUACGGGGAAGAAGAAGAAGUCCAGCAAGAAGCUGCUGGGCAAUCUGAGGAAGGUGAGGGUCAAGAUCGCCAACCCGCACAUGCGGCGCCUUGUCAGCGGCGCCGUCGCCGGCGCUGUGUCGAGAACGUUGGUGGCCCCGCUGGAGACGAUCCGGACGCACCUGAUGGUCGGCAGCAGCGGCCCCAACUCCAUGGCCGGGGUGUUCCGGUGGAUCAUGAGGACCGAGGGGUGGACCGGCCUGUUCCGCGGCAACGCCGUCAACGUCCUCCGCGUCGCGCCGAGCAAGGCCAUCGAGCACUUCACCUAUGACACGGCCAAGAAGUUCUUAACCCCGAAGGCCGACGAGCCGCCGAUGAUCCCCAUCCCCACGCCGCUGGUUGCCGGAGCGCUCGCCGGAGUCACCUCAACUCUGUGCACCUAUCCCAUGGAGCUGAUCAAGACCAGGGUCACCAUCGAGAAGGACGUGUACGACAACGUCGCGCACGCAUUCGUGAAGAUCCUGCGCGAGGAGGGCCCGUCGGAGCUGUACCGCGGGCUGGCGCCGAGCCUGAUCGGCGUGGUGCCGUACGCGGCCUGCAACUUCUACGCCUACGAGACGCUGAAGAGGCUCUACCGGCGCGCGUCCGGGUCGCGCGGCGACGUGGGCGCCGCGGCGACGCUGCUCAUCGGGUCGGCGGCCGGCGCCAUCGCAAGCACGGCCACGUUCCCGCUGGAGGUGGCGCGCAAGCAGAUGCAGGUGGGCGCCCUGGGCGGGAGGCAGGUGUACCGGAAUGUCCUGCACGCCAUGUACUGCAUCGUCAGGAAGGAAGGCGUCGGCGGCCUGUACCGCGGCCUCGGCCCCAGCUGCAUCAAGCUCAUGCCCGCAGCCGGCAUCUCCUUCAUGUGCUACGAGGCCUGCAAGAAGAUCCUCGUCGACAGGGAGGACGAGGAGGAUGGUGAAGACGUCGAGGACGACAAAGAGAAGAAGGAUGCAUGA